AUGUUGAAGCCAUCAUCAGCCGCUGGCGCCGAGUCUUCUGAAGAGAUCCUACGAGCAGACCCUGAGCCAGCUUUUAGUCAUCAUGAUCUGCUCUGCAAGGAAAUCUAUGCAAAGAGCUCUAAGGGCUUGGAAAGGCUUGGCCGCUUUCUGGAAAACCGAAAAGUUUGGGACAAGGAAAGAGCAGACUGGUCAAGGAACCGUUACAGGCAUCAGAUUGAAUCGGCACAGCUCUGGGCAGACCUGCACAACUGCGCAAACCAGCUGAAGGCACCCCCCUUGGAGCUGCCUCCAUUAGAUCCGGAUGCUUACAACCCGUGGGAAGUGGAGCCCGAUAUGCAGGCUCCACCCAGCGGACAAGUCUUUGGUGCGCCAGCAAGGCACACUGCUGUUCGUAGAGCGCAUGGCCUUUUUUCGCCCUAUGCAUCCAUGAGUGACUUAGCCGCAGCCUUCCAUGCACCCGAAGACGGAGGCCGCCGUUCAGUCCAGCGCAACAAGUCGGAUCCCGAGCUCUCCCCACUUCGACCUACCCCAGGGCGAAGACCGCGCGGUUUGAUGAAGGGAGGCCCGAAGCAGGAGAUCGUUUGGCCAGGUGGCUGGAUCCCAAAGCAGUCAGUUGGCAGCCGCGGCCUUCCUCCAGGUUUCAUCACGGCCAAAGCCUUCCCCAGUGGCCAGGUCAUGUACCCGAAGGACAGAUGGUUUCCCCCAGACAAAGCAGCACCAAGUGGCCUCUAA